AUGGGGGUGCAGUGGGAGGAUGAUGUCUGGUUUGAGAUCGUAAAGAAGGAAGAGAAGAAAGAUCAGAGUGAGAGUCAAAAAGACGAGGAAAGUCAGAGUGAGAGUCAGACCACAGAUGUGACGGUGUACGAGAUCUUUGAUUUUGGAGGUCAAACUCUGCCGUACUCUCUGACCAUCAUCGAUACUCCUGGAUUUGGAGACACCAGAGGGACUGAAAAAGACACGAUCAUCAGUCAAAAACUGUUUGACUUGUUCCGCUCAGAGGAUGGAGUUCAUGAGGUAAAUGUGGUGGGUCUGGUUCUAAAAGCCAGUGAGAACCGUCUGAGUGACCGUCUGAGGUACAUCUUUGACUCUGUGGUGUCUGUUUGGAAAAGACCUAGAGGAAAACAUUGUUGCCCUCAUCACACACUCAAAUGGAAUAGAACCUGAAAAUGCCCUAAAAGCUCUCAAAGAUGCAAAAAUCAAGUGUUUAUUUCAUGUUCAAUAACCACCAAAGAAAACCAAAAACAAAGAAAAAUAAAGUAGGUUUAAAAAGUGCAUGGGAAAUAACAAACAGCCAAAUGGUUGAAUUCACUGACUUCCUAGGAGAGCGUUCACCUAAGAGCCUGAUGACAACUGUUGAGGUGUUGAAGAAACGUAUCAGACUGACAGCCUGUAUCCAAAACCUGCAGGAAAAAAUUCAGAUGAUUGAAGAAAAACAGGCUGUGAUCCACGAGACUGAGGAAGCUCUGAAGAAAUUUGAAGAGGAGAUGAAGACCAACAAAGACUUCACUGUGGAAGUAGAUGAGGUCUACAAAGAAAAAGAAAAAAUAGAUGGUGUUGGGAUGUGGUUUUUAGUGUUUUUUGAAGGAGCUGUCACCUGUAACACCUGUGAGGAGAACUGUCACUACCCUGGAUGCACAAUGGCCUGGUAUUCCAGAGACUGUGUGGUCAUGGAAAAAGGUUGCUGCACUUCCUGUACCAACAAAUGUCCUGCAGCUGACCACGUAAAAGAGAAGUGGAGGUAUGUGACCAAGACCAGAAAAGAUAAGAUGACCCUUCAGAAGAUGAAAGAGAAGUAUGAAAGAAGCAAGGAGGAAAGUGAGAAAGAACAGAGUCUCUUGGAGGAUCUUAAGAAGAAAAGUGAAAAACUCCAGAUAGAAAAAGAUCAGUGGCUGGAAAAGGCUUACCAGCAUGUCCUCAUACUGGAGCAGAUUGCUCUGAAUGUUUAUUCACUGUCCACCUUUGUCCACCUGGACUUUCUGAUUGAGAAGAUGAAGGAGAGAGGAGACACAGAGAAGGUCCAAAAACUAGAGGAGAUGAAGAGUCGAGAGGAUGAGGGAACCAGAGCAGGACUGUUGCACAUGUAUGCCAAAAUGAAAGAAGCUCAUAAAUCCAUCAAAGAAUUGGUGAGGAAAAAAACACCUGUUCAUGACAUUUAAACACUUCAACAUGUUCAGCCUGUUUUUGGGGGUUCUUUAAUAACUUCAGUGAAAUCAGUUCAUAAAUUCCACAACUCCUAAAUUCAGCAAACAACCCUGAUUUUGUUGACCGUUGCUGUCCAUCAUGUAUCUCAGUUUUUCUUGUAGUUAAAUCGUUGUUUCUUCAUCACUCAGGUGGAUUGUACAGAUGAAGAGGGGUAUGAUGCCCCCUAG